GAAAGCCUCCACAGUGGCACAUAGAAUUUUCUCUGCUCUUGCUAGUUGUCCUCGGUUCUAGUGUAUAGCGAGGAACGGGCGGCUUCCUAUUAAGCCUAGCUUGGUGUCACAAAAAGUGAGAACUUUUCUGUUACUCAAGUUUUUCGCUAUCAAUUUAAAGUUAUCAAGGUCGCCUACUACAUGAUCGUGCUUUUCCUUGUGCCCUCGAUAUAGUUAUAACAGCUGCUGCUUUCUUUCGUAUUUGAAGAAGGAAAUAUGUACGAACUUCAAAGUGCUAAUCCGUUCAACGCAAAUAUAUUUCACAUUGCGUGCGAGUUGGUGCAUAAUUAUUCCCAUCAUCUCCAAUGUGAGUUUAUUAAAAACACUGAAGAGUGCCACGAGGAUGAGAACUACAUCCAGUAUUCAACUUUUGUUUACUGUGGAUUCGGAUCAGGAGAAGUGGUGCCUGCACUUCUUCUUUUGAUCCUAUGGAUCGCUAUCCUAUUUAUCGGUCUUGGCGUUACAGCCGAUGAUUUUCUAACGCCAGCUUUGAUUGCAAUAUCAAACACUCUUCGACUCUCACAAAAUAUCGCCGGUGUGACUUUUCUAGCAUUUGGAAAUGGAGCUCCAGAUAUCAUCUCAUCUUUAGCUGGUGUACAGUCAGCCAGACCGGAAUUAGUUAUUGGUGAACUCUUCGGAGCUGGAAUUUUUGUAACAUGCGCAGUGACUGGAAGCAUUUGUUUAGCCCAAAACUUCAAGAUCACGGAAAGGCCCUUUUUGAGAGACGCCAUAUUCUACAUUGGAGCCACGUAUUGGGCGUUCUGCAUGUUCUACAAAGGCCAAAUAUUAUUAUUCUACUCGAUCGGUUUUAUCCUCCUGUACUUUAUAUACAUCGCCGUCGUUGUUGCGUCGUCGACUUUCUACAAACGUCAUAAGCUGAAUCUUGACCAGCAGACCAAGCAAUCUAGAGACCAACUACCAGGUUCACUUGGUUCAAAAUUCGAUAGGCCGGACAACCCAGUUCAAAUCGGUAGGUCCAUGGAUAAUGAAACACCACCUGUGGAUGAUCCUGAACUGCUUGGGGUCAUUCUAAGGAGGUCAAGUUUUCGAGAUAGUUAUGUGCGACGGCGUAGGCGGACUUUAUCUGGCAGUCGAUCACAACUGAACUCACACCGUUUUCGAUUUCCAACACCGAAUCACUCACGCGCAAAUUCGCUUUGUUCCGGCUUUCACUUCCGAGGAAAUAGCCUCGGUUGCGAAGAAAGGCUAAACAAAAGUCGCACAAAUAAUAGCUGUCUCCAUGAGGCUAACCCUCAUCAACAGCAGCAGCGACCACGCCAUAAUUCGUUUCAUCGAAACGGUUGCACUUUCAGAAAUCCUGUUCAUAAAUUACCAGCAGCCUCUGUGAACGAGCACCAGAAGCUUAGCUCUUCGUUCAAUGGCCACUCUAUGGACCUGCCAAUAGGAACACACUUUGUGGACUUCGAACAGACCGAUGCACAGAGUAGCGGACUGAUUAUCAACUCAGCCGCGCUCUCGACGAUGUUGACCUUAGACACGGCCCUCCAUAUUUGUUCUAACUAUGAGAAUUUUCAACAGGAGGAAACAAGACAAGAAGUUGAAUCCAAAGUCAAGAUUAUGGACCUUCCACCUCUCGAGGAAUUCUUGACUCAAAUUUCACCGAUAGACAAGGAGAAUUGGCACGAAUUAAACUGGUUCUGGAAAGUCUUCCAGAUCGUCAAGGCUCCGGUAUAUGUGAUCUUGGCACUUACCGUCCCUGUCGUUGACGAGAAUAAUCAUAAGAAUAACUGGUGCCGUAUUCUUAAUGUAUUACACUGCGUGACUGCUCCCAUUGCGGUGAUGUUCAAUCUUAAAUCCCUAACAUUUUACGUAGGAAACGUACCUAUUAUCGUGAUCGUUAGUACCGCGGGAAUGGUUAUUGCUCUUGCGGUAUGGUUUACCUCAUGCUAUGACAAACCCCCACCAUACCAUGCUGCAUUCGGCUUCGCGGGUUUUAUCGUAUCUGUGUUUUGGAUCUACAUGCUGGCUAAUGAGGUGGUUUCCCUUUUGAAGGCUGUAGGAAUUGUGCUUGGAUUAUCGGACGCCUUUUUGGGAAUGACUGUGCUUGCGUGGGGCAAUUCUGUUGGAGACUUCAUUUCAAACCUUUCGGUGGCUCGCCAAGGCUUUCCUCGAAUGGCAAUCUCAGCCUGCUUUGGAGGACCUCUAUUAAAUCUAUUAUUGGGCUUUGGCCUACCCUACACCUGGAUAUUGCUGACAGAUAAAGAGUCCGAUUCUAAGUUGGACUACAAUGUGAAAAUCGGGCUCAUGUACUCAACACUUUGCCAAUCGCUAAUCUCCACAAUGGCAAUCAUGCUAAUCCUAGGAUUUCAUUCAAGACGGGAAUUCGGCGCGUAUUUGAUAUUCCUCUAUGGGGUCUUUUUCACGGCUGCGUUAAUCUUGGAGAUUCUCAAAUUUUAAACGGAUUUAAAGAAAGGGCGCUCAACGAACAACGGCUACCGUUACUAGCAAGUUCAGGUUAUCAGAAAAACGGAUUGUCCGCGUGGUGAAAGUAAUCUUCACAAUAUGAACCCAAGUUCCCAUCAAGGUCUCUUCGCCGAACUUUUCAGUUCACAUAUAUUAAAGUAGCAGUGGAUAAGCACAUUAUUAAAAAAGAGCGAUCUUAACUAUGCAUUGUGUUAAUGUCAUCUCGAUAACUUCUGUAAUACUAUACAAUUAUUAUUUACACUUACUGUAGCAGACGAUUCUGUCAUCAUGUCAUCAAUAAAAUUUAGCCCCAAUAACAUUUAAUGUAGACUAUUGGACGUACGAAAGAAAAAAUACUGUGUAUUAUGCCAACUCCUUUAAAUGGUAGAUAUCAAGUAUACGAUGUUAUUUUGUUUUCUUUGUCAAUUUUAAAUUGUAUGUCUGUAUAAUUAUUUGUUUCAUCUGCCCAAGUCGGAUGACCCCGUACAUGCCGUCUAAACUUGUAAAUAUUGGCUAUAUGAUAACAUUUAUGAGACUCUCAACAGCCAUACUUUUUCUAAGGCCUGAACCCGUGGAACGGCAAAGAUCGCUUGGAUUUUUAUAUUAAGCUUAUGCUAAAUAUUCAAACUCGUAAAACGUAGCUGCGCGGUGUGCUAAUGUUAAGGAAAUAAACCUUUGAAUAGGUCAGUGACUUCAAAUUGGUUAUUGCAACCGACAUAAUGCUUGUCGUUUAUGAGUUAGGGGUCUCUGCUCACCCAAUCACUGCGGUAGUCGCGAAGAACAUUAAUAAUAAAAUAAAGGUCAGAAAAUAAGAAGUACUAUUAAAUAGAAAUGGACUAUGAUUGAAAAAAAGUGAAACAUUUUUAUUAAUUGAAAAUUGAUUGGGAAUUUGCAAUUUCAGCCAGAAUGUAAACGAAAAGAGUACAGCAAGUUUUAGUAGUGUCAGUGUCAGCACCGGUUCCCCAGAUUUUAUUUGUAUUCGCUUCCUAAGCCAUACCAAAAACCAAUGCCCAAGAUGAUUUACAACACACAAGCGAUCUAGAAGCGUUUCUGCAAAUAAUUUGACAUUACUUCGUAGUGAGACCUGCUUACUUGCAAUGUGUACUAAGGCUCGAUGUCAAUGCAUACAAGCUGUGCUAUAUUUGCUAAAAGGAACGGCGCGCUUCAUAAAGGACAUGGUCAGGACCUCCGAUCUCGAUAGAACUGAAGUAUAUGUUUAUUCUAUCAAGGUAAAGAAAGAUGAAAUAUAUGAUAUCGAUAUAUAUCUUUUCUCAAUUAUCGACCACUAAUCAACGGGUUAAAACAAACGAACUGAAGGCAUUCUUAGAGAAAAAAAACCGUUAUCUAAUUUAUGUAUUCGUAAUCGAUGAUUACGACCUCAUCAUGUGCGAGAUAGCUUUUCAUAAGCUGCACUCUGAUUGAAUCAGUUGAAUUUGCGAAGCCGCGUGUUUUAUGCGAAGAUGGAGAUUGCCACUAGCCGGGCAGAUCUGACUUAAUGUCAAGGGACUGGUGACUAUCAUGAAUAAGCAUAUCUCUACAGUAUUAUAUCUCAUUUAAAAAUAGAAAUCUUUAUAUGUAUUAGAUGCAAAUAAAUUAUGUGGAAGUGAGGUAGACAUAAACAAUAUUAUGACAUUAUUAUUGAAAUUGAGUUUAUUAAUAGUUAUUCCUAUAAACAAGAUGAAUCUAUGUGAUACUCAUAAUUUCAUCGAAAAAUUGCUCUGAUAGCUUCAUAGGUCUCUCUGUGUUUGGAUCUGUGUCACGUUCGGUAUCGCUGUCAGUCAUUCCGUCAACCGCCUGGCUCUCACCGGGGGAUGAAGUAUGUUCUUGCCUAGGCUCGAACCUAGAUCGCCACGCGUUACAAAGAUUACUUGGCAAACACUUUACCCGCUAAACUAUCACGGGAUGAAAUUUUUGCCCUGAGCGAAGACUACGUUGCGAAACGAAAACAAAAAGUACUGACAUUGUUCUCUUUUUUUAAUUUGCAACAUCAUUGGUUGAGAUCGAAAUUAUGACUGCUGUUAUCGCUAGAAGAAAAUAUUGCGACAUCCAAUAAAUCGAAUUAUGUUAAAAGAAGAUGCCUUUUCUAUUUUGAACUACGUUCACAUUAAUAAAAAAAAAGUUUGGGAUUUAUUUUAUCCAAAACGACGUUAAUUAUUUCUCACAGAGAUUUUACACGAAACACUUCUAUGUUUAUAGAAAAUUCGACAAACUUCUAUACCUAAGGGGUCUAGAAGGAAAAGGGACUAAAGGCUCAACAAUUAUGUAAGCUAAUUCAUAACUUUUUUGUUCCCAGUUCAAAAAAUAAGCCUGUUAGCGAAUUAGUAAGACUAAAUAUGACUGUAAUGUGCCUUUUGUUCGUAUACCGAAUCAGGUACCUGAGUAUCAGGGUAAAGCAAAACACUAACGUUGUUGGAGAUUCUAAUCAAGAUGAUCAAGUGAUAAAUUUGCUGUACCUCUUUAGUGAAUGCACGCAAAGGCCUUUUGAUCACGUAUCCCAGUGCGUACAUUUUCA